AUGUCAACAGCAAUGAGCAAGCGCCUCGAAGGCAAGACUGUUCUUGUCACCGGCGCCUCCUCUGGCAUCGGCAAAAGCACCGCUUUGGAAUUCGCCCGCACAGCACCCAAGAAUCUCAAAAUCAUCAUCACCGCACGCCGCCUGGAAGCCCUCGAGCAAUUGAAGUCCGACAUUGAAAAAGAAGCUGGCUCUGGCGUCAAAGUUUUGCCUGUAAAGCUCGACAUUGCCAAUCCCCAAGAAGUCCGCGAGUUCGUGGGCAAGCUGCCUGAAGAAUUCAAGGAUAUCAAUGUUCUGGUGAAUAAUGCAGGUUUGGUCAAGGGUGUGGCCAAAGCACCGGAGAUUGCAGAGGAAGAUAUGAAUACCAUGUUUGCUACAAACGUCACUGGGCUUAUCAACAUGACUCAAGCUAUUCUGCCUAUUUUCCUCGCUCGCAAGGGAGAUUUGCCAGGUGCUGGCGAUAUCAUCAAUGUUGGCAGUAUCGCUGGCCGCGAACCCUAUCCUGGCGGCAGCAUUUACUGCGCCACCAAAGCCGCUGUGCGCAGUUUCACUGAUUCUUUGCGCAAAGAGUUGAUUGCUACUCGCAUCAGAGUGAUCGAAAUCGAUCCCGGACAAGUCGAGACCGAGUUUUCGGUGGUGAGGUUCUAUGGCGAUAAGAGCAAGGCUGAUAAGGUAUAUGAGGGGUGUGAACCUCUGACGCCCGAGGAUAUCGCAGAGGUUGUGGUGUUUGCAGCCGGCAGGAGGGAGAAUGUUGUGGUGGCUGAUACGUUGGUGUUCCCUAACCAUCAGGCUGCUGCUACGGUCAUGCACAGGAAGUCUUAG